GAGAUAAAAAGACGAUAGGUGUUCAACGAGGCAUCGUGAUGGCGAGCAGCGCGCGUCGAGGCGCAGAUUACACGAUAGACAGCAUCCUUGGACACAGACAACAUACGUCCGAUAGCGUGGAGCGAUGCGGGGAAUUGAAAAGUGAAGGUGCUCAUUCAGACUCUGAGCACGAAGUUGAGCAUGAGCACGAAGUGAGCACGGAGCCGGAGCGAGCAGAACACGAACCGCUAGAGGCCCUGGACGCUGGACGACCACGCAAGGUGCGUCGCAGCCGAACCACGUUCACCACGUACCAGCUGCACGAGCUGGAGCGAGCCUUCGACAAGACACAGUACCCGGACGUGUUCACAAGGGAGGAACUCGCCAUGAGGUUGGACCUCAGCGAGGCUAGGGUUCAGGUGUGGUUCCAGAAUCGGCGUGCUAAGUGGCGUAAGCGAGAGAAGGCCCUCGGCCGGGAGCACGCGCCUUUCCUCCACCACGAGCACGGUGUUGGAGAGUGGGGUCCUAGCAUGGGAGUCGGUGUGGGUGGCGUGGGCGUCGGCGGGGGUGAGUGGUGGCUAGGACUUGGUGCACCACUGUGGCACGACGCGCCUCCCGCUGCUGCCUUCAGAGCUCUGUUGCACAGGUAUGUCCUGGCUUUGCCUCCACCAGCGCCGAUGUCGCCCGCAGCGCGCUCGCCGUCCCCCGCGCGCUCGCCUCGCCCCGCGCCUCUCCCCGCGCCCGCCCCUCUGCCGUCAGAGCCUCUGCGGCUGCUGCACGACCGUUACAGUCGAGUGCAUACGUAA